AAAACUUUGACAUUUGCAAAUGACGUUCGCGGAGGUUUUUGUUUGCAAAUUUUUUCUCUAAGAAUUUUUGGAAAAAUCUUAUUGUUUUUAUCCACAAAUGUAGCGUCAAGUGGUUUUAGUGACGAAUAGAUUGCAUCCCAUACUUACCCAGUGGCCGAACAGCCGGUGCGGAAACCAUCAAAAUGGAGGCGCGUCGAAUACAGCUUCACCUUGGCAAAUGCAUCGAGGAUCUGGACAAUCUUCACAACGUCCCCGAUCUGAAGACGAAGAAAGUGAAACUGUUAUGCAAGACUGCCCAGAAGCUGCUUGAGAGUGCUGAACAAGCGCGGGAGAAGGGUGACGAGGAGUAUUCCUACGUGUACUACAUGAAGUACCUCCGCGUCAUCGGCUUCAUCAGCAAGGACCAGGACUACCAGCGACACAAAAAGUACUACACCGACAUGCUCGGACCAAAGAACCCCAACAAAGCUAUUGAUGCCGCAGAGAAGCUGAAAAAUAGCCUUAUUGAAAGGUAUUCCAAGGAGCAGAAAGCCAAGCGUCUCAACGACAUCAAGGAACAUGAAGAGAUCAAGCAGAAGAUUGAAGACAGCCGCAAGAAGGCCAUGGAGGCCGCCCCUCCGAGUGACACCAGCUUGCAGGUCACACUGCCUGGCCCAGACGAAGUGACCAUCAAGUGCGAGCAGCUCUACGCAAUCCUCAAGAGCGGCAAGGUGAAGGUGAUGAUCCUGGACGCGCGGCCAAGGGACGACUUUGUGCGGUCGCACAUCAACCACCACGCCUGUAUUAGUGUGCCGGAGGAGGUUAUUACUCCUGGCCGUUCAGCGAACAUCCUUGAACAGAACCUGCCGGCGGAAUCCCGAGCGGUGUGGGCGGGGCGAGCCGCCGUCGAGCUCAUCGUGAUGCUGGACUGGGGCAGUCGCGCCGCCAUCCCCGGGCAGGCGUUGUACCUGCUCAAGACUAUACUGCUCAAGUGGGACGUGAAAGUGCAAUACGCGCGCGCCCCGCUCGCCCUGUGGGGGGGCUACUCCGAGUGGCUGCUGCGCUACCCCGCGCUCGCCACCGCCCCCGCCGCCCGCCCUGCGCCCGCCCCCGCCCGGGACAUGCUCAGUGAGAUAGAGUACCCGAGUUGGUCGGACAUCGCGGCGCCGGCGUCGGGCGUCCCGCCGCAGACUGUGAACAGAAACAAACUCGGGGAGCCCGUCGUCGACCGGAGUAGUAAGGCGGCGGCAGUACAGGUGUACCGCGAGCGCUCCCGCAGCAUGGCGCAGAUCCUGGAGCGCCAGGAGACCAUCGCUGACACAUCACUGACGCUGGAGAUGCAGAGGAUCGAGUGCGAACAGGACUGGGAGAAAACCCGCGUUCAACAAGAGACUGCAGAAAGAGACGAGCUGAAGGCUCUCUUCCAACUGAGAGAGCAGGAGAUCAUCUCACAGCUGAUGCAGUUGGAAAACAAACAGUAUGACAUGGAACAAGAGAACCAAUCUCUCCGGGAGAAGCUCGAGGAAUACCAACGUAAAGAGAAAGAAGAAGCGGAACAACUGGCGGAGACCAUCACCAGUAGUAGUGCGCCCGCGCAAAGUGAUCUACAGCAGAGCGAAACGGCCCGCCUCCUCCAAGACCACCAGCUAGUCUCCGCCGACUUGGCGCUCAAGAGGCAACGCAUCCAGCAAGUGGAGGCUCAGCGGGCGCGGCUGGACCGCACGCGGGAGCGGCUGGAGGCGCAGCGGAAGAGACGCCUGGCGCAGGCCAGGGCCAGCCGCAAGCCCGUCGAGAAGGAUGAAGAUGGCGACACAUACAUGGUGUCCCCGGGCGACAGUCCCCCGCCCGGCCUCAACCGCUCGCACUCCUCGCCCAACAUCGCCAAGAUAUCCUCUGACGAGGACGAACCAGCCGUCCCCACAUUCGACCGCAGCACCAAGCCCGUGCCCAAGGUGGCGCCCUCUAGCGACCUCAAGCAGAGGGACUUCCAGCCGGUUUGGGGGGACGUGAGCCGCGGGCUCACGGGCCUCAAGAACCUGGGCAACACGUGCUACAUGAACUCCAUCAUCCAGUGCCUCAACAACACCGCCAUCUUGGUCAACUACUUCUGUAAUGGACAGUACUUGCAGCAUGUUAACAGAUCUCACGGCACGCGCGGGCAGAUCGCCGAGGAGCUGGCGGCGGUGGUGCGCGCGCUGUGGUCCGGACAGUACCGGUUCAUCGCCACCAAAGACCUGCGGAACGAGGUGGGCAAGCACCAGCGCGCGUUCCGCGGCUGCGAGCAGCAGGACUCGCACGAGUUCCUCACCAUCCUCAUGGACUGGCUGCACGACGACCUGCAGGUGCCCACCCACCAGCCCACCAAGGAAACCCUCCCGCCAGCCGAGAAGGCGUGGCAAGAAUACACCAAGUGCAAGGAGAGCCUCGUCCUCCGCUUGUUCUACGGGCAGAUGAAGUCGUCCGUCCACUGCAAGACUUGCUCCGCUAGUUCACUGACCUACGAGUCGUUUAGUAACCUGUCCUUGGAGCUGCCGUCGAAGCAUAAUCGGUGUACGUUGCAGGACUGCCUCAACCUAUACCUGCACGGCGAAACAAUCCCGGGCUGGAAUUGCCCGAACUGCAAAGAAAAGCGAGACGCCGUAAAGAAACUAGACAUUUCCCGUCUACCCCCAAUCUUAGUCAUCCACUUCAAGCGAUUCUACGUCGACCCCAAAGAAUACAUGUGCAAUGCGUAUAGAAAGAAACAGACGUAUAUAGACUUUCCGUUGGAGGAUCUAGAUAUGAGGCCGUUUUCCCUGCAUGGGUCUUCGAAUCAACUGUAUAAUUUGUACGCGGUGUCCAAUCAUUAUGGGUCGAUGGAAGGAGGGCAUUAUACGGCAUAUUGCAAGAGUAGUGUUUAUGGAAAAUGGUACAAAUACGACGACCACGUGGUGACCGAGAUCCCGGCGAGCGAGGUGAAGUCCUCGGCCGCCUACAUCCUGUUCUACACGUCGCGCAGCGUCACGUGAUGCUAGAGCGAGACGGCAGUAGCGGCGCUCUCGCUCGCACCACGCGUCUGAUUGGCCAGCCUUUGUGGCGGGGAGUAGCGAAAAAUUGUGGUAAAAUUCCGUGUGAAUAUGGUUGCUGUUUGUGCUGGAAAUUUCGGUGUAGCAUAUUUUGGUGGUCAAAAAUUUUGAGUGUCACUUGUCACGUAUGUAAAAAUUGUAAUCUUAAAAACGGAAAUUACGAUAUAUUUCUUGGACGCAAUUAUGUAAUGCAGUCUCAUUUAUAAAAGAUAUCUUGGAAGUUCUGGUGCCUGUUGCAAUGAUUGGCCGAUCAGACUAUAGUGCUCGAGUAACUUAAUGAGUGCGCUGUUUGUAGUAUUGAAUUUGUGAGCGAGUGCGGUUGGUGCAUAAAUUGACGUGUCUUGGAUGGUUCUACAAGUGUAAACGUGUAUUGUUAUCGCGAUCAUUUCGUUCCCUACCCUAGUCGUCCCAAUGUACUCGCUACCGUUUCACUCUUUGGCAAGAUAAAAUUUUGGAUUUGUGAAAAAUAUGAUGUGUAAAAUCUGAUACAUUGGAUUCCACACUUGUUGAGCAUUAUGUAAAAGACGUCAAAUGAAAUAAGGGUAUACGCGUCUGUGAUCACAGCUAGAAAGAGAACAUAAGGUUUGUAGCGACAUGUAUUUGUAUAAAAAAACUACUUGUAAAAAUAUUAUUAGAGUAUUCAAUGUCUUAGAGUUUUCCCUUGUAUCAAGAAUAACCAAUGUUUUAUCAGGAUUUAUUGAUGGCUAUAAUUAUAUACUUUUGCAUGGAUAAAGUUUACAUAGGGUUAGAAAUUUUAUAGUAUGUACUACAUUUGUACACCAAAUUCUACAGUAAUAGCCCUAUGAUAAGUGGCAUAUUUUAUCAUCAUCCAGUACUUUAGUAUGAGGUAAUAAAAUCUUAGUUUUUAAAGCAUUUUAUUUAAAUUUGGCGAUCCAUAAUAUAAUUACUUAUUUGGAUAUCUUGUUACAAGGGAAUGUCACCACAGAAUGUAAGAGAUUUUGUAUGUUGUGAUUAUUAUAAUUAUUUAAAAAACAUUAUUUUUAUGUAGCCGUAGUUAAUUUCCUAAAUGUAUAAAGUAGCACCCAGUAAUUUUAUUUUGUAUGUUAUAGUGUAGAAUUGUUUUUGUUAAUACAAGUAAUAGAUUUGAUUUACCUAAUAAGUUGUAUAAAUACCUACUUACCUUGGGUCCCAAUGGUUUAAUUGAACAUUACGCGCACAGGUAUAAACUAUUUGAAAAUGGACAAGCUGAAUUCUUAGUUUCUUAAUAUUCCCUCUUUCGCCAUUAUCCUAUUGUAUGUUUAUCUGUGCGCGUUAUGCUUACCACUUUAAAAUUUUGUUGUCUAAAAGUUUAGUAUUUUUCUUUCUGUAUUAUGUGUUAAUAAUGUUAUUAUAUUUGACCUACCAUCCAUUUGGAGAAAUGUAAAUAAUUGCUUCUGCUAGAUACUUAAAGAUAAACAGAAAAUACUGUAUUUUGUAUUAUGGUAGCGCUGAACUUAGGAAUAACACACAUAAUGCAGGCAACGGCAUAUCAAGUGACAAAGGAAAUUAAAAAGAAACCGUAUGAUGAUUAUUUAUAAAAUUUAGAAUAAAAGCAACGCCGUGUCAACAUUAUCGCAUUACGACUCGACGUGAUAAUAAGUACUCUGAAAAUACGUUUUUGAGUGACACAGUUAUCAUUUAAAUGUAAUUAAAUGGCCUAUAAAACUUUUAUCUUAAUUUUAUGCUUUACAGCUCCAUCAUAUUCUUAGAGCGUUCAGUGUAAAACACAGCCGGUCUGUGCCAACAUUCGCAUACUAAAACACAUACGGUCAGCUGCAUAAGUCGUUAUACACUUUUGUAACUUGUAAAACUGACGAACCGUCAAUAUUUCAAUGGAUGGAUAGGCGGUUUCAGAUUGACAAGGUACAAAAGUGUAUAGCUACUUAUGCAGCUGACUGUACAUACGAACAGAGAACCACCUUUUUUGCGAAGUCGGUUUAAAAAGCACUUGAUAUGCGGAUAUCUGCACCUACGUAUGUGUAUAAAUUAAUGUUUCUCACUGUAUGUCUUCGAAGGCUGAUGCAGCCAUAGUAUAGAGAAUUUAAAUUUACACAUUUCACAUCGGUCCAAUCAGAACCUCGUGAGUGAUACAUUCAUCACAAUGUUUAAAUUAAAUGUAGGUACAUUAUGUAAACAGAUGACGAAUGUUAGUGCCUAAAACUACGGAGUUUCCAUAAUUCUGUGCCAUUUCAUUGAUUGAAACCAAGUCUAAAAAUAUGACCUUUGACCCUAUAACUACUCAUUUUAACUUUCUGUUCAGAGUGUCAAUAAAUAAAAAUUUAAUGUCCAAGAUAUUCUUCUCUGACCACCAUUGGUUGGACGUUUUGCUAAUUAGUCAUAGUACAUGAAGCAAAAUUGGUUGUUUUGCUAUAUUUGUAAUUGUAAGUAAAGACAUAUUUCUACAGUUGUAUUGGCAAAGCUAAGUUCUUGUGCAUCAGAAACAUAAAUCUGUUUUAACUAUUGACAGAAAUUGUACAUAUUGCUACCUUAACUAUAUAAAAAACAAAAAUAAAUUAUAAAUGUAAGGCAAAUUUAUUAAAAUUCUUUGUUUAUUA